AUGGACAAAUGCAAAAGAUGGGAUUGGUCCACCUUCCAGAUUGGCAGUAAAUCGGCUUACAGCAUUAACAGGUGGACUCAUAAUAAUAUCUACGUAAAGAUGUCUAGCAAAAGUCUAACGAUGGCCUCGUUGAUCGAGCGCAUUACCGAGAAAGAGGUCAUGUUUUUAAUCAGUCUGACCUUUUGGGUAAUGCAGAUAAGAGUAUCAGAUGGGUGCAAGGAUCAAGAAGCAAUCACAUUUCGUAAGAUGCAGCCUAAUGACAGACAGUUGAGUGUUGAAGAGCCAUGCUUUGGCACCAACGACGGUACGACUGGAGCAGGAUACCACGGCCUCACAGAACACCGGCGUGAAAAACACUUAUGUCAUUCAUAUCCCUAG